UAUACACUAUGUAAGACACAACCUCAAACCAAAGUCUUAGUGGCUUGAGGGAGAAAGAAAGCUUAAUAGAGAACAUACCGAAACCAAUCCUUAAAAUAAUAAAAUGGUAUGUCCCUUAACAUCUAAAUGUCAUAAUAUUUUUUCUCAAAGUGAUCCGCUCACUUUUAUCAUAUAUAAAAGGAAACAAAAAAAAAAGUAAUUCUGGUAAAGCAAAUGAAACUUUAGGAAAAGAAAAUUAAGAAAAAUCAUAACCGAGUAGAAAUGAAUAUUAAGAACCCCAAUAAAAUAGAAUGUCAAAAUAAUAAAAAUAAUAAUAGACAUAUAAAUAAGAUUAAAAUAAGAAUCAUCAAAAUACCAAGAAUAAUCGUGAAUCUAAAAUUCCAGAAACAAACUAGAAAGUAUAAUCUACCCCUUAGGUGAAGCAAGAGCUUGUAAAAGAUGAUCAAACAAAACGAUAAGUUGAACCAUCAGAAUAUAAUGAUAGAAAACAAUAGAAAUAAGAUAAUUAACAAUAAUAAUAAGAGUAAAUAGUUUAAUAAGAAGAUUUAUAGUAGAACAAUUCGGAUCGACAAUAGUAACAAUAAGAACCUUAAAAAGAACAAAAUCCUGCUUAAAUAGAAUAAUAAUAAAUAAUUGAAGAUUAAGAGCAAUAAAAUGUUGAAUAUCUAGAAGAUGAAUCUGAAUUUAUAGAAAAGUAUAAAUACUUAACAGAAGAUGAUUUAGACUUGCUUAAUCAAAUUGCCAAUAGAUCCUAUAAAGGAAGAAAGGUCGAGUAUUUAUAUUCAUAAUUUAUUGGUUAAGCUUAGAGUAUUUAGGAUACAAUAAAGCAAUAUUUUGGAAGAAACCAGAAUAAAUUUUCAAAGUAGAUUAAAUAACUUAAGAAAGAAAUUGUUGGACACAUCAACAUUAGAGGUGAUGGGAACUGUUUUUAUACAGCUUUCUUAUAUUAAUAUUUAUCAAUUCUCCUAAGAGAUGAGUAGAGAAGAAAUGGGUUUAUUAAGGAAAUGGAAGAACUCUCUGCAAAAAUAUAAUAUCAAGAUAUUAAAAUUGAAGAGAAUAAGAGAAUAGUUUAAGAGUUUGUUUGGUAAUUUUAGUAAUUAAAAACAAAAGAAUAAUUGUUAAGAUAAAUGAGGAAUCCAGAUUAUCUAUUUUACUUACUCACUAUUAUAGUUUUUAGAAGAUACUUUGCUCAUCUCUAUCAUAAUUAUAUUCAAGACCUUAAAUAGUUUGGAGAUUUAGAUAUUUAUAAUGAUCUCCUCACUUGGGAAUAAGAGUGUAACAAUAAUGAAAUUUUGAUAAGUGUAAUUGUUGAACAUUUUAAAUUGUAAUUAUUUUCCUUAAACUAAUUUUAGGCAUAUAACCCUGUAUUUCAUAGAUUUAAACAAUUCUAAUUAUGAUAAGAAGGAAUAUAAACCUAAAUAAGUUAAUGAAGGUGUAAAAUUGGAAAAAAUCUUUUUGUUAUUAACUCCAGGACAUUAUUAAAUAGCAAUACCUGCAUGAAAUUAAUUAUAAUUAAGUACAUAAC